GCAGAAACCUAGUAGCUAGCACAAGUUACCAUGCUAAUCAUUGAUCAAUGCAAUGAACCAAGCGAUUGGCCAGUGUAGGUGGUGCCGUGGUGUCUCUGGUUCAUGUAUUCUCAAGUCUCCUCAAGUCAAUUCCCUUUUGCCAGCUCGGAGAAAGCGGCGUCCCUAGGCACCUCUUCUCAUUCCUAGCCAAGAACCUGAGGCCGACGCGAGAAGGGAAGGCGUGCCUUCGUCCGCCUCCGUUGUCGCCUCGCCCUCGCCGGAGGAGGAGUCGUCCCCCGCCCCGGCCGCCGGAGCUCCUCCGCCAUGGCCGAAGAUGGCCCUGCCGGCUACUACGUCGGCCGUCCGAUGAACUACGACGACCAGAAAUCUCAGCCGCCGCCGGCGACGUCCCAGGCCACCGGCGAGCAGGUCAACGCCCAAGUUCCUGGCUACUACGCCGGCCGUGUGCCCGGCAAGAAAGCCGCCGCCGGCGAGCAGAGCUCCGCUGCGGAUCAGGCGAGCAAAGAACCGGGCUUCCUUGCCAGCUGUUUGGGAUGGUUCUCCGGCGGUCAAACUGCAAAAUAGAUUCAGUGGAGGAGGAUGGCUCAGGAGGCAGGAUGAUUGGAUGUCACUGAUUGUUUGGGACGAUGGAGAAAUUAUUCAGAUUUUUUCAUUUGAAGAUUUUUUAUUUCGGCAGUGGCGUUGUCAAAUUGUACAAGCGUAUGCAGAUGCAGAGUGAAUGAAAGUAUUCAGUAUGAUCCAUCAACCUUGAUGUCUUAAUGUGGUUAUUUAUGUAAAUCGCUCGUGAAGGAAAAUUUUAUGGAAAAUUAUAUGUAGCCAA